UUGCAAAGGUCAGCUUGUAAACUACUGGGUAACCCUAAAUGAUGAAAAAUAUGUACAAAAUAUGUUUUGCAUGAUUUAUUCAUAUCCCAAUGAUUUAACUCCUUCACUGCAUCUAAUAAGGUAUAUAGAAUUAAGUGACUAGACCAAAGCAAGCAUGUUUGAGAUUUUAAUGAUUUUAAAUAAAUUACCACUUCAUUAUUUGCUUUUAGACAUUCAAUCAGUUUUAUUUGUCCAACAAACCAUAUUCACAAUUGUUCAAUCCAACGAAUAUGAGGGGAUAAGCUAUAGAGACCCCUCCAUUUGUCCGUCCAUCCAUCCUUCAACUAGACAACAGCAACACCAAAGUGUAGCAAAUCCCAUCGAACAGCCAUGGCUGGCAUUUUUUUACAAACAAAGUAUACAGCAAAAAUGGCAGCCAUUUUUCAAAAUGGCCACCUUCUACCAAAAGUGUCAUUAGACAGUGUGCCACGCUUAUAGUGUUCACGCAUCAAAUAUGAACAAAAUCGCUCUACUACUUUUCGAGUUAUAGUAAAAUACGUUAAAAUGACGGCCAUUUUUCAAAAUGGCUGCCUUCUACCAAAAGUGUCAUUAGACAGUGUGCCAUGCUUAUAGUAUUCACAUACCAAAUAUGAACAAAAUCUCUCCACUACUUUUCGUGUUAUAGUAAAAUACGUUAAAAUGGCCGCCUUCUACCAGAAGAGUCAUUAGACAGUGUGCCAUGAUUAUAGUAUUCAUAUACCAAAUAUGAACAAAAUCGCUCGACUACUUUUCGAGUUACAGCAAAAAUCGUAAAAUAACGAGUAAAGGCCGCCAUAGUUCAAUUCUUUGAAGCAAAUGAUUCUAAAAGUACAACAUAUCUUUGAAAAAAUAUCAUUCUGUUAAGUGAAAUUGUAAAAAAUAUUUUGC